AUGAGCCUUGGUGGUGGCGAUUUACAAGUCAUUUUAAGACGCAUACGUCAUGGUUUCAUUAUCUGUGAUGAUUCAGAAUUAUGCGACAAAAUUAUAAGUCAAGAUGUUGAAAAUGAGCAAAGACGAAGAAAACUAGCCAAAUCGAAGUCAAUUAAUCUCGAAAGAAGUGAUUUAUUGAAUUUACUUCGAACGGAAUCAGAUUUUAUCGUUGAUGAAUUAUCUCAUUCACCUGAAUGGACAGCAACUAAUGUUCAAGUUCGACGAAUUCGUUGUGAAACGUUGGGUCGACUUGAUGAAAUCAAAACUGAAAAUGAAGCCAAACGUAAAGUACAGGUUAUUUCAUGGCAAGAUCCACCUCCAGCUCAAAUUAAUAAUAAAAAUACAAAUGAAUUAAUUCUUUUUGAAAAUGAUAUUGAUGAUUCUACAUCAUCUUUAUUUCAACGUCGUACAGAACCAAUUUUACCUCUAACACAACCAUCCCCUCUUACAGCUCUUAUUCAAUCAACACCAAGUAAACAAAAUCCAUUUGCAAAUUAUGCAAAAUUUGAUGGAACACCAAAUAUCAGUUCAAAUCAGUCGAAAAAAAUUAUUGUUGAUUUUAAAUCUCAAAAUCAAAUACUCCAUGUUAUUGUUUCUUCAAAUGCUACAGUUACAGAAACAAUUGGGUUGGCUUGUUAUAAAUAUACAAUGGAAAAUCGUGAACCAGUUCUAACUCAAAAAGAUCCGUCCAAAUAUUUCCUUUAUAUUGCUGAUGAUGAUGGUGAAGCUGAAGAAGAUUUUCCUCCAUUAACAAAUGAACAACCAAUUGGCCAGUAUGAUUUUCCUCGUUUAAUAUUAAUUGAACAAGUAACACAAGGAAAUAUAUCAAUACCUCUUAUCGGACCAGAUAGUGAUGAAAGUCCCGUUGAUUAUGAUAAAUAUGACGAUGAUGAAGAUGAUGAUGAUGAUGGUUCAUUUGAUGAUUCAUCACGUUCAAUAACACCACCAUCAAGUGAACAUCGAAAAUCUUCUAGUUCUAUUGGAAAAAGUUCAACAAAUAUUAAUAUUCAAGAUAUUCCAAAUGAAAUUGAUCCAAUCCAUAAUUUAAAUCGUUUAUAUGAAAGUCUUAAUCAAAGAUCAUAUUUUUUUGAUUAUUAUAUUAAAUUAGGAAGUAGUAAACAUGUUAAACUUCGUAUUGAUGUAUCCGGUGAACAAAUACGUUUUGAUUUAUUAGAAAAAACAACUAGAUUACCAUGGCAAAGUAUGCCAUUAACAACACAACAUUUAGUUGAUUGUAAUUUAUUGAAUAAAGAUAAAAAUAAAAAACGAGAUCGUACACGUGUUUAUCUUGUAUUUCAAAAUCAACAAGAAUCUGGUGGUUCAAAUACAUAUCAAACACAUGAAUUAGAAUCCACAGUAGAAAUAGCUGAACAGUUUCGUGAUCAAAUUCUCAAUAUAAUUAAAUCAAAAAAUCCACAAGGUCGUGAUAUAUAUGAACAGUAUCAACAUCAACGUGAGAAUACAAAAAAACGACGUUCCAUUUUGAAUAUAUUUGGUGGUGGUAAUGUUGGCAGUGGGUAA